AUGGGUGGCGCCUUAGGACGGCGCACGCGCGGCUUGAUUGAGAAGGGCUACGCCGUCAAGACGACGGUCAGGAACCCCGAGGACAUGGCGAAGAACUCCAACUUCACGGCCUUGCAAGCAAUCGGGACCUUGGAGAUCCUCCGCACCGACCUUGAUGAAGAAGGCAGCUUUGACGACGCCGUUGCCGGCUGUGACUACGCCUUCCUCGUCGCAGCUUCGGUGAACCUGACGUCGGAGAACCCUGAGAAAGACCAGAUCGAGCCGUCCGUGCGAGGAACCUUGAACGUGAUGAGGUCGUGCGUGAAAGCCGGGACGGUGAGGCGCGUCGUCUUGACCUCGUCGGCGUCCUCGGUCUACGUCAGGCCGGAGCUGCAAGGCGACGGGCACGUACUGGACGAGGACUCCUGGUCCGGCGUCGAGCCCCUCACCGCCGACAAGCCUGGAUUCUGGGCGUACCCGGUGUCCAAGGUGCUCUUGGAGAAGGAGGCGUGCCGGUUCGCGGAGGAGCACGGCAUCAGCCUCGUCACCGUCUGCCCCGUCCUCACCGUCGGCGCCGCGCCGGCCACAAGGAUUCAGAGCCAGACGAAUGUGAGCGUCCCCGCCAGCCUCUCCUUGCUAUCCGGUGAGAAUCGAAUGUUCGGCGUGCUGAGAAGCAUCGAGAUGGAAACCGGCUGUGUGCCGCUGGUUCACGUCGACGACCUCUGCCGCGCCGAGGUGUUCGUCGCCGAGGCGGCGGCGGCCGCGGGGAGGUACAUCUGCUGCAGCCUCAACUCGACCAUCGUCGAGAUCGCCGGUUUCCUGGCGGCGAAGUAUCCGCAGUACGACGUGAACACCAAUAUCUCCGGCGAGCUGCUGGAGAAGCCGAGAGUGUGCCUCUCGUCUGCCAAGCUGGUUGGGGAAGGGUUUGAGUUCAAGUACAAGACCCUGGAUGAGAUAUACCACGACAACGUGGAGUACGGCAAGGCUCUCGGGCUUGUGCCCAACUGA